GUUGACGGGGAGAGGCGGGCCUUGGGAAGCGUCUCAUGGUCGGGGGGCGGGGGGCAAAGAUGGCGGAACUGAUGCUCCUCAGCGAGAUUGCGGACCCGACGCGUUUUUUCACCGAUAACCUGCUGAGCCCGGAGGACUGGGGUGUGCGGAAUUGCACCUUGUACACGGGCCUGGAUGAAGUGGCCGAGGAGCCCACGCAGCUCUUCCGUUGCCCGGAGCAGGAUGUCCCGUUUGGCAGCAGUUCUCUGGACCUGGGGAUGGACGUCAGCCCCCCUGAGCCCCCAUGGGACACCCUACCUCUCUUCCAAGCCACUUUCCCUCCAGAUCUGCAGGUGAAGUCUGAGCCAUCAUCCCCCUGCUCCUCCUCCUCACUCAGCUCCGAAUCAUCCCAGCUUUCUACGGAGCCCUCCAGCCAGGCCUCUGGUGUAGGGGACAUGCUGGUUGUGAAGACAGAGUCCUUGGCACCCCCACUCUGCCUCCUGGGAGAUUAUCCAGGAUCCCCAUUUGAAACCGUCCAGAUCAAUGUGGGCCCCACCUGCGAUGAUCCACCAGAUGUCCAGACCAAGCUAGAACCUGGCUCUCCAUGUUCCUCUGUCCACUCCGAGGCCUCGCUGCUCUCCGCAGAGUCCCCCGGCCAGGCUUUUGUAGGGGAAGAGAUCCUGGAGGUGAAGACAGAGUCCCCGUCCCCUCAAGGUUGUCUCCUGCGGGAUGUCUCAGGCCCCCCUCUUGGAGCCGUCCAGAUCAGUAUGGGCCCCUCCCCUGCUGGCUCCUCAGGCAAAGCCCUUCCUGCCCGGAAGCCGCCCCUACAGCCCAAACCUGUGGUGAUAACCACGGUCCCGGUACCGCCCCGAGCUGUGCCUCCCAGCACCACCGUCCUUCUGCAGCCUCUUGUCCAGCCGCCCCCAGUGUCCCCAGUUGUCCUCAUCCAAGGUGCUAUUCGGGUCCAGCCUGAGGGACCAGCCCCGCCGGCUUCCCGGCCUGAGAGGAAGAGCAUUGUCCCAGCCCCCGUGCAUGGGAACUCCUGCCCACCUGAAGUAGAUGCCAAGCUGCUGAAGCGGCAGCAGAGAAUGAUCAAGAACCGGGAGUCGGCCUGCCAGUCUCGAAGGAAGAAGAAGGAAUAUCUGCAGGGGCUGGAGGCCCGGCUGCAGGUGGUGCUGGCCGACAACCAGCAGCUCCGCCGGGAGAAUGCUGCCCUCCGGCGGCGGCUGGAGGUGUUGCUGGCUGAGAACAGCGAGCUCAAGUUAGGGUCUGGAAACAGGAAGGUGGUCUGCAUCAUGGUCUUCCUUCUCUUCAUUGCCUUCAACUUUGGCCCUGUCAGCAUCAGCGAGCUCCCUUCAUCUCACAUCUCUCCUCGGAUGAGUGGAGAGGCACCUCGGCCCCGCCGACACCUGCUGGAAUUUUCAGCACAGGAGCCACUUGGAGGAGUUGAGCCCCUGCAGGGCUCCCCCCAGGGCCCCGCGGAGCCUGCACCCAGCUCCGUUGGCCGGCCCAGCUUCAGAAACCUGACAGCCUUCCCCGGAGGCGCCGAGGAGCUGCUGCUGAGGGACCUGGACCAGCUCUUCCUCGCCUCAGACUGUCGGCACUUCAACCGGACCGAGUCCCUGAGGCUUGCUGAUGAGCUGAGCGGAUGGGUCCAGCGACACCAGAGAGGCCGACGGAAGGUUCCUCAGAGGGUCCAGGAGAGACAGAAGUCUCAGCCACGGAAGAAAUCUCCUCCAGUUAAGGCAGUCCCCACCCAGCCUCCCGGGCCCCCCGAAAGGGAUUCUGCGGGUCAGCUGCAGCUGUAUCGCCACCCGGACCGCUCGCAGCCAGAGUUCCUGGAUGCAAUAGAUCGGCGGGAAGACACGUUUUACGUCGUCUCCUUCCGCAGGGACCACUUGCUGCUCCCAGCCAUCAGCCACAACAAGACCUCUCGGCCCAAGAUGUCCCUGGUGAUGCCCGCCAUGGCCCCCAAUGAGACACUGUCGGGCAGGGGCCCCCCUGGGGACUAUGAGGAGAUGAUGCAGAUCGAGUGUGAGGUCAUGGACACCCGGGUGAUUCACAUCAAGACCUCCACAGUGCCCCCCUCGCUCCGGAAACAGCCGUCCGCAACCCCAGGCAAUGGCACCAGUGGCCCCUUGCCAGCCUCUGCCGCCAGCCAGGCCCUCUACCUCGAUCACCCUUGACCUCUGUGCUCACACUUGACCUAGAACGUGGGGGGUGGUGGGCGGGGCGACCACAUGGGACUGUUUCUGCUUUUCCUUGGGCAGCUGGGAAAGGAAAGCCAGGGUACGGAAGGUAAGCACUUGCCGGGCGGUUUGGGGUCCCCCUUCUCCCAUCCCCCCUUGGGAACACAGGGCGCCUUUCAUUUCAUGAAACCCCAGUCCCCGCUUCUCUCCCGAAGGGUGUCGAGUGAAGUUGAGUUUGGGGAGUAUGCACUUCUUUUUUAUUCUUCUGUUUUGGGGGUGGGCGUGUGGAGGUGGGCAUUGAGUCCCCAGGUGGGACAAGGAGAAUUUUUACGUUGUGGAGCUUGUUACGGGGAGGAAUGGUGGAGGAAUG